AGCGCUGCUGUUGCUCCUGCUGUCUCCGCGGGGAGCCGGCCGACAUGGCGACCGCCAGCACGCUCCUCUGUACAAACAGUCUUAUCUAAGUCCGGUUUUACUCUGGGUGUGGGUCGGAUACCGUCUCCGGAGUAAGUCCGGAUUCAUCUAGAGCUCGUUCCGGGGAGACCGAGGCUGCGUGGACGGCGUGGUUUUGGAUCCAGGAUCAGUAAAGUAAGUGAGGAGAACUAUGGUGGAGCAGGAGCCAACCCCUUCAGCAGGGCAGCGCUUGUGUGCCCCUGAUUCGAUGGGCAUCAGCACGCUGGAGCCGGGCCAGAAGCCACCUGCCAUUCCUUCCGGGCGGCGUGUAGCCAUCACCGUGCGCAUGCUGGACGAAUCCGAGGAGAUAUUUGACGUCUCGCCACGAGCCACUGGCAAGGUACUGUUUGAGAUGGUCUGUUCUCACCUUAACCUGAUGGAGGGAGAUUAUUUUGGACUGGAAUAUCAGGAUCAACACAAGAUGAUGAUUUGGCUGGAUCUACUGAAGCCCAUCAUGAAGCAGAUUAAACGUCCCAAACAUACAGUCCUGCGAUUUGUGGUGAAGUUUUUUCCUCCUGAUCAUGCUCAGCUGAUGGAAGAGUUGACCAGGUACUUGUUUGCUCUUCAGAUCAGACAGGAUUUGGCCAGCGGUCGUCUCACCUGCACAGACAGCAGUGCCGCCCUGCUGGUCUCCCAUAUCAUCCAAUCUGAGAUUGGAGAUUUUGAGGAGACUCAGAGCAGGCAACACCUCCUCAAUAAUAACUACAUUCCUGAUCAGAUGGCUCUCAUGGACAAGAUCAUGGAGUUCCACCGUAAACACGUUGGUCACACUCCAGCAGAGUCAGAUUACCAGUUAUUGGAAGUGGCACGUCGACUAGAGAUGUAUGGCAUUAGACUCCAUCCAGCUAAAGACAGAGAGGGGACCAAACUCAGCCUCGCUGUGGCACACACAGGAGUGCUGGUCUUUCAGGGUCAUACCAAGAUCAAUGCUUUUAACUGGUCUAAAAUACGCAAACUCAGCUUCAAGAGGAAGAGGUUUCUCAUCAAACUCAGAGCUGACCUCAAUCAAAGUGCAUAUCAGGACACACUGGAGUUUGUAAUGGCCAGUCGGGACUGCUGUAAAAUCUUUUGGAAGAUAUGUGUGGAGUACCAUGCCUUCUUCAGGCUCUUUGAGGAACCCAAGCCCAAACCCAAACCUGUGCUCUUCAGCAGAGGGUCAUCCUUCAGGUUCAGUGGUCGGACCCAGAAGCAGGUGAUAGAUUAUGUGAAGGACACCGAGUUUAAGAAGCAACCUUUCUACAGGAAACACAGUAAGGUACAGUUCAACAGCAGUCUGUCUCCACUGCCUUCUCCUGUACACGCCCAAGUGCCAAAACAAGCUGAGGGGCGAAGCUGGAAGGAGUCUGCGCUGGUAAGCUCGGAGGACUCGGCCCCGUUGCGGAGUCAUGGCAGCCCACCCUCAUCGUUUCAGCAGAGCGAUGGCGUGUUAUCUGAAGAGUGUGUCAGGCAGCCGGGUGGCGAUCUCAGCACUGCAGAUGUAGCCGGUAUGUCCAUGUCUCUGGUGAACGGUCAUCAUCGUACCGAUGAGCUGAACUUUUUAAGCUCGAGCCCUGAUGGUCAGCAGCCGUCACCACUCACCUCUCCCCUCCUGAACGAUGCCAUCACUCUGCGUACUGACGACGAGGAGGAGAACAGGAGGAAGAGAUUUCCAACAGACAAAGCGUACUUCAUCGCUAAAGAGCUGCUCACCACAGAGAGAACAUACCUGAAGGAUCUGGAGCUCAUCACAUUGUCAUUUCUCAGUGUGCUGGCUAAAGACGAGAGCGCUCCCGAGUCUCUGAGGAACUUACUGAAAUCCAGCUUUGAACCUCUGCACACAUUUCACUCAGACUUCCUCAAAGAGCUGGAGCAGAGACUUGCAUUAUGGGAAGGACGUUCAAAUGCCCACAUUAAAGGAGAUUACCAGCGCAUUGGCGAUAUCAUGCUGAAAAACACCCAGGGGUUAAAGCUGCUGACGGCUCAGCUGCAGAAGCACUCGGAGUGUGUGAGCGAGCUGGAGAAGGCAUGCCGUGCGUCACGCCAGUUGGAAAGUGUGUGUCGAGACUUCGAGCUGCAGAAAGUGUGUUAUGUGCCCUUAAACGUGUUUAUCCUGAGGCCACUGCAUCGACUGCUUCAUUAUAAACAGAUCCUGGAGAGGCUGUGCAAACACUAUCCAGCCACUCACUCAGAUUUCAGAGACUGCAGAGCUGCACUAGCUGAUGUGUCUGAGCUGGAGUCUGUGCUUCACUCCACCAUGCUGAAGACGGACAACUACCAGAGGAUGCUGGAGCUUCAGAGGGACCUGGUUGGGGUGGAUAAUUUGGCCACCCCAGCACGUGAGUUUAUCAGACUGGGCUGCUUAAGCAAACUUUCUGGAAAAGGCCUACAGCAGCGCAUGUUCUUUUUGUUCAGUGACGUUCUGUUGUACACCAGUCGGGGGAUAACAUCAUCCAAUCAGUUUAAAGUACACGGGCACCUACCUCUCCAUGGAAUGACCAUCAGGGAAAGUGAAGAUGAGUGGGGAGUUCCUCACUGUUUCACUCUGGUCACCCAGCGCCAGUCAGUGGUGGUAGCAGCAAGUUCUAUAUCAGAGAUGGAGAAAUGGAUGGAGGAUUUAAAGAUGGCUGUUGAUCUGGCUGAGGAUUCAAAUGGACCAUCAACAAGCCUGCUGACCAACAACAAUGAUGUCAAGUCUCCAGGGGAGUGGGCAUCUGAAGUCGAAUCAGAGGAUGACCUAGCCGGGUCCCACACAUCUCUGGAGCGCCAUGGCAACAGUUCUGCACAUCACCGUGGCAACACCACAGUUCAUGUUUGCUGGCAUCGCAACACUAGCGUUUCCAUGCUGGACUUUAGCAUAGCAACGGAGAACCAGCUGUCCGGGAACCUGUUGCGAAAAUUUAAAAACAGUAACGGCUGGCAGAAGCUCUGGGUGGUUUUUACCAACUUCAGUCUGUUCUUCUAUAAAACUCACCAGGACGAGUAUCCACUGGCCAGUCUGCCUUUGCUUGGUUACUCUGUAACUGUUCCAGCCGAGUCGGAGAACAUCCACAAGGACUAUGUGUUCAAGCUGCACUUCAAAUCCCACAUCUACUACUUCAGAUCUGAGAGCGAGUACUCCUUUGAAAGGUGGAUGGAGGUGAUUCGUAGUGCCACCAUCUCCUUCAGCAGAACUCGAUAUCUCAACCGCAAAGACCCCUACUGAGCCUUCAGCAUUAGGGAGCAACUGUGUGUGUGAAUGUGUAUGAAUGUGUUCUAAGUAUGAGCGUGUGCUCUGAUCUUGAUGAUCAGUUUGUGUUUCCUUUUUUCUUUGAGACAGAAUCACCUUUUGUGACAUUUAAUGUUUUCUAUCAUGAUUUUAAACACCAUAGGACACAUUUAUUGAGCACGACUUGACGUCUCCAUGGAGAGUCCCGGUGCUUUUUUAAUGGUGACGUGUCUGCUACACAUUGUAUUUUUCUGCAUAUCUGCUUUUUUCUGCAUUUUUACUGGGCAGUUUGCCUCUUUUAUAGAAUCUCAUUUUAUAUACUAUUAUUAAUUGUCUAUCUGUGUGCUCUGUUCACCAUAAGUGUCACUUCUUACUUCGUAAUGGAGGCCUAUCAAUAAUGGUGCCCUGAUUUUUAAUAACAUAUGCAUUUUAUUUCUGCAGAAGAACUUUCUAUGUUUUGAUUAUUUGUAUCAGCUCAUAUUUUUCUUGUAAUCCAUCAGUCUGUGUGCCAUUUUGACAUCUUUCAGAAGAUAUAUACAGUAUAGAAUUAUUCAGAUGGAGCCUUCAUACAUUUGUGUUUUAAAGAUGUUAUAUAGUAAUGACUUAAGAUUUCUCUUUUCCACAAAAUAUUUAGCUGUUGAAUUACUAAAAGAAGAAAAGAAAUGUUAAAUAAGAUAUAUAAGGAACAUCAAAUUAUUUUCUUGAUUAAUUCAGGGUUGUUCAAGUUUGCACCGCUGCCAAAAGUUUUUCCACACCAUUUUAAUAAAAACACACAUAACAGUUAAAAAAGCCAUGAAUUUACACACUACACUCUACAAUUCAACACUACAUCUAUAAAGAAUGCCAUGGAAGUAAACUUUCUGUGUUGAGUAGUUUUAUAACAUUAUUUACACAUCAAAUUUAACACUGCCUCACGUGAAAGUCUCAAAUAGUGAUUUAUCUGUGGGAAAAGUUUGUAAAAGAGAAAGACUUGGGAUGAAAGUCUGGCAUGGUUGUGUGAGUGUAUUUUACUUUAUCUUGGACAAAGAAAAGAGUUUUACAUAUUCCACAUUAAUAAAGAAACAGAAUGUGAUGUAAGGAUAUGUAAGCAAUAAAAACACAUUUCAACA